AUGUCUUCUUUCGGAUCCGGAUUUGGAGGAUUCGGUUCGAACAACCAGCAAAGCUCCGGCUUUGGCACGGGCUCUGGUUUCGGCACGAGUUCUGGUGGAGGCUUUGGAUCAACCACGUCCCCGUUUGGUGGGAGUAACACAACUUCAGGAGGUGGCGGCCUGUUUGGAAACGCCUCCAGCAGUUUUGGAUCCGGUGGAGGAUUUGGAUCGAACAAUCAGACGGGUUCAGCAUUCGGAACCCAAAAACCUGGGUUUGGUAGCUCAUCUGCUGGCGGUAUGUUCGGGAGCAACAAUGCCACCACGACUACAGGCGGUGGUUUCGGAAGUGGUUUCGGCUCGACCAACACGGGCGGUGGAUUCGGUAGCUCGAACACCGGUAACAGUUUGUUUGGAAGCAAGCCUGCAGGAGGAGGCUUCGGCAGCACAACUGGAACCGGUACGGGAUUCGGCGCUGGAACCGGCUUUGGCAGCAGUGCCGGCUCAGGUUUUGGUGGAGCAGGAACUGCUUUUCAGCAGGGCGUCCCUCCUUGCGAAGGAACAGGAAGCACUCCUUUCAGCGCGUUCACGGAGAAGGAUGCAGCCUCGACUAUAAUGAACCACUACCAAAGUGUCUCGAUGAUGCAACCAUACAAUAAAUACUCCUUCGAAGAGCUUCGAUUGGCAGAUUACAACGCAGGCCGUCGACACGGAAAUGGAAGUGGACAGGCCGGUGCUUUUGGUUCUUCAGCUUUUGGGAGUGGAUCCGGUUUUGGAACCCAGCAGUCCACAGGCUUCGGUAGCACCUCGACACCGUUUGGUGCAGCUGCCACUAGCGCCCCCUCUGCAUUUGGCUCGACACAGACAACCGGCGCCUUUGGCUCAACUGCCUCCAAUCCUUUGUUCAAUGCUACCAAGCCGGCAAACUCCCUGUUUGGCGGAGGUGCCUCCUCAGGCACCACCCAGCCUAGUUUGUUCGGAACCACUACAAACAACACAAAUACUGGCUUCGGAUCCAGCACAGGCGGUGGUUUUGGGUCAGGUAGCUCGUUAUUUGGCAACAACAAUCAGCAGCAGCAGCAGAACAAGCCCUUGUUUGGCUCAAGUACUGGAACCACAGGUACAGCCACGGGCUUUGGCACGGGCUCUAGCGGCUUCGGUAAUACUGGCACCUCAACCGCAUUCGGUGGCACCACUGCUACUUCCUCGCCAUUCGGCCAGCAGCAGCAGCAGCAGACCGGUACGGGUGGGUUUGGCACGUUUGGCGCGAAUACAAACACAAACCAGAAUCAGACUCAAAACAAAGGAGGCCUGUUCAGUGGAUUCGGCAACAAUCCUCAGCAAUCCUCUACUGGUGGUGGCCUCUUUGGAGGAACCACCAACACGGGGUCCUCUCUUUUCGGACAGAACAACCAACAGAAUCAGCAGCAGACUGGCAGCUCGCUCUUUGGCGGCAACACCCAGCAGACCGGAACCGGCGGUGGUCUCUUCGGCGCCUCUCAGAACCAGCAGCAACAGAAGCCGAGCCUGUUCGGCAACAACACCAACACUGGUAGCUCGCUCUUCGGCGGUAACACACAGCAGACUGCAACUGGUGGUGGCAUCUUCGGCGGCGCUCAGAACCAGCAGCAGCAGAAGCCAAGUUUGUUCGGCACUACGAACACGUCUCUCUUUGGUGGCAAUACAGGGACACAAAACACGGGCUCCUCGGUUUUUGGCAACACCCAGAACCAGCAGCAACAAACUGGAGGGUUGGGGACCUCGAGCCUUUUCGGCGGUUCUCAGCAACAGCAGGCGCAACCGAUGCAGCAGUCGCAGCCUGCGCCUGGUAGCCUCCAGGCCUCUCUUCUCGAGGGAAAUCCUUAUGGAAACCAGUCGAUUUUCUCCGGCCUGCCUGCGCCGAGCACUGCCAGUCCCGGCCCAUUGGCGACCCCGCUCUCUUCUGCAAACAAGCAGAAGCAGCGCGCUCCUCUGCCAAUCUACAAGAUUACACCCAAUGCUGCCAAUCGCCUCAUCACCCCGCCUAAGCCCCGAGGGUAUGGAUUUUCCUACUCCACUUACGGUUCUCCUUCUAGCGCUGGUGGCACUCCCAACCUUGGUGGCAGCCUUCUCGGAACAAGUAUGCGUAACAGCUUCAGCGGCGGCCUGGGCCGUAGUACAUUCAGCAAGAGCUUUUCUACCAGCAGCUUGCGCAAAUCCUUUGACCCAGAUUCCGACAGUAUUUUGUCCCCUGGUGCCCUUGGCUCGGGCAGCUCCCGUUACUCGAGCAAUAACCUGAAGCGCUUGACCAUUGACCGAAGUGUGAGGACCGAUAUCUUCACGCGCACUGCUAGCUCGCCUACCGCGAUUACCAAUGGCGAUGAUGCCGCCCAGUCCGCGAGCAAGGUCAGGAAGAAGGUCAGUUUCGAGUCGACUCCUGACAACACCUCCGGUGGUGAAGUUGUGCCCGUGGAGUCCCAAAGCUCUGAACCUACACCGGAAGAACUAGGUUUCUUGCGCUCAAUCCGUAAGAACGGCACUCCUAAUGGUGUUAAUGGUGUCAAGCCAGCAUCUGAGACCCCUGCCAACCCUGAGAUGGAAUCGGUAUCAAGCAAGAGACUUCUGAUUUCGGUUCCAGAAGACUCUGACCGUGCUUCGUCCGCUUCGCCUGGCUCGGGCGCAUCACGUAUAUCCUACAGUCCUAGUGGUGACCCCACUCCAGGUGACUACUGGAUGAAGCCAACACGCGCCGAGCUGAGCAAAAUGAGCCGUGACGACUUGAAGCAUUUCAAGGGUCUGACCGUUGGCCGCGAGCGCUGUGGUGCGGUCACGUUCGAUCAACCCGUUGAUUUGACUUCCAUCGAUUUGGACAACCUGCUUGGUGGCCUUGUGGACAUCGGUGUUCGUAAGAUUACCGUGUACCCCGAUGAGUCAAUCAAACCUGCAAGGGGCAAGGGUUUGAACGUUCCCUCAACGCUGCGCAUUGAAAACUCCUGGCCCCGUGGGCGGGACAAGAAGGGACCUUCAUCAGCCACUAGCGGCCCGCUAUUUGAGAAACAUGUCGACCGCCUGAUGAAGGUUCACAACACAGAGUUCGUCAACUACGAAACCGAGACUGGCACGUGGAUAUUCCGAGUGGCUCAUUACACGACAUAUGGCCUUGACUAUGAUGACGAGGAAGAAGAAGGUGAGAGCCACAACCAAAGCACUCUCCCCGCCGACCGCGAUCUGACCGUUGGCUCGGAGCAGAUGUCGACAUACUCCAUUGACGAUUCCUUUGCGAGCUCGGUGGGGGGAGUCGAUGACGACACAUUCGAUUUCAAAAAGCGAAAGUUGGUGCCAGGGGCAUUUGGAAAUCAGGCAAUGGAGACAGUGGAGGAGCAGGAGAUGGGAUCUGAGAACGAUGAUGAAGACGAGUCUUUUUUAGAGGAAGGCUCCACGGGUUCAACUGAGCAGGAUGGCGACGACGUCACCGAAAGCCAGCAGUCUGUUGGCGAAUCAGAACUUGAAUUAGAUGAAGGCGAGGAAAUGGACAUGGCGGGCACCUUUCCCAACCUUGAUCGUACCGUGGAGCAUGACGAUGAUGAGGAUAUGGACAUCACAUUCAACCAGCCCUCAUUGAAGCCUUGGAACACACCCUCUAAGGCCCGCCUCGAUCUUACUGGUGACUGGGCUGAGCAGUUGCAACGUACUAUCAGCCCCAGGAAGCAAAAUCGUGACGCUCUUCGAGAGAUCCAGGCGAAUGCUUUCAGCGAACGCCUAAUCAACGAUGAGACGCCAACAAAACCAGCACCGACUUCCCAGCAAAAGGGAUUUAAUACUAGUAUCGACUUGAUGAACUCUUUGUUCCAACAACCACGCAAACAAGGACAAUCUCCGCUUAAGCCGAAGAAGCCACAACCAAAGGCCGGAGGCUUUGAGUGGCCGUACAACAAGCAACCAAAGACCUUUGCAGGCGAGUCGAACGAAAUGAGCAAGGACGACUUGGAUUUUCAUCACUCCUUUAAGCCUCGGUGGGGACCCGUCAAUUCGCUCAUAUGCGCAAAAGGUGAAAUGAGUGAUCAUCGGUACGGGGAUCCGCAUUGGAGAGAGAAGUUCUCUGUUACCAGCGAAGGCCGGGACAUUGCUGUUCUUGGCUCUGGGCAGACUGCUGAACCUCACGAAAUGGUUGAAAUCCAACGAAAACAAUCCCACAUUACCAGCGUUGACGGCCAGCCAUUUGCUCGACUCGUGCAAGCCAACUUUGAGCCGUUUGCCAAGGCCUCACAUUCGGUUCAUUCUGACAAGGAGCGAGUCAUUUGGGAAUUAGCAAAUAUCCUGUUCAACGAUGAUAUCGAGGAUGAUCUAUCGGCUGGUGUUCCAUUACAGUUGAGACAAAAAUACCUACACCGCAUCAAGAAAGAUAGGCUAAAUCGCCUCUGGGAGGUCAUAGUCCGCGAACGAAACACGGUAGCCUUGAGCAAGGCUAGCUCUGCUGAAGAGCGCGCCGUUUAUUUGCUCUGUUCGCAUCGUGUCGAGGAAGCCUGCUCUACGUUAAUGUCAAGUCAAAACUUUCACCUCGCCACCCUCGUCUCCCAAAUUGGGCGAGACCCUACGACGCAGCAUGACAUGGCGCAGCAAAUUGAAAAAUGGCGACAGCACAACGUCUGGUCUGAGAUGACUGAACCCAUCCGAGCCUUGUAUGAACUUUUGGCGGGUAACACCCUCCGCAGCGAAGGCAAAUCUGGAGGCGCCCUGGAGGAUCGUGUAUCAGCAUUCACGUUUUCCGAACGAUUCGAGCUGGAUUGGUUCCAGGCAUUUGGGCUGCGUCUCUGGUAUGGAAUAACCGACGAUGAGCCUCUAGAAGUCGCAGUUUCAGCCUUUGCUCAGGACCUCAAGAGUGGAGAGGAACCUGCGUUUCCUUUGCCUCCCCACCAGGACAAAGACCGGGGCGUGUUGCAUACAUCUACCGACAACCUUGGUCACGAAUCGCCGCUUUGGGUUCUGCUCAAGGCCUACGCAACAACGUUAGGUGCGGCUAAGGGCACCGGUAUUCCUGCACUCGGCUUGCCUGCUGCGUUGCUGCCAGAGUCUGUUACGGGAGACAAGUUGUCGAACCGGCUAUCCUUCCAACUCUGCCACGUCCUUGCUGCUGUUCUUGGGCAGCAUGAAGGCCUCACGGUCGACGUCGCCCAAAUGGAUCAACUCGCGUGGGAUUACGGCUGGGAGCUUAGCGCAUCUGGAAACCUUGCGCAGACCUUGUUUGUCUUGCUUCACCUGUCGCGCGCCUCAGACCGGGCAAAAGCUGUUCAAGAGAUACUUGCGCGGUUCGCCGCCCAACUUCCCGAGCCGAUUACACCUGAAGGCUCUCCGAGCGCAAAUUGGCGGCAGCUUACCAACGACCUCCAGCUUCCAGAAAAAUGGAUUUGGAUGUCCAAAGCCCUUUAUGCCCGGGAUAUUGGCGAUGCUGCACGUGAAGUGGAUUGUCUUGUCCGCGGAAAGAACUGGAACGAUGCCCAUGCCACGUUCUGCCGUAUUGUUGGCCCGACGGCGGUGAUUGAGCAUGACUACAAAACCCUGGAGACAUUGUUGUCUGGCUUUGGAGAGGCGCCAGAGCGCAAGGUUCGGGGCUGGGCCAGUGGCGGUGGGGUCUACGAAGACUUCCUUCGUUUAGUGACGGCGCGUGGACGAAAUCCUCAGCGUCUGAACCGAUUGGUGGAUGCACUGGUGACAAUGGGCGAUGUUAUCAAUGGGUCGGGUGUGGAAGGAUUAGAAGAGCGCGUGGCGUUCAAGGAGAUGAGCCGUAUCGUUGCUGGCUGGACAACCCAGGAGGAUGUCAAGGCAAUGGAGAUGUCGCGUGUUCUUCGACUUCCUCUGACAGGUGAUGCUCGUCUCGUGCAGACGGCGGAGAUGAGCAGGCGGUACUAUAGUGUCGUUAUGGCUGGGGGCCACUGA